AAGGGGUGCUGAGGACAGGAGAUUUCUAUUGGUCAAGUUUUGUUUCCCUACCGUUCCGCCUGUGAAGAGGAAUAGUACGCUCCAGGGUUCGCAUUGAAGUGAAUGAGGCAGGAAUUGUCAGUAGCACCAUCAUCAGGACCUACACGCUACGUUUUUAAAUUGAAUUACACAAAAAUCCCAGACGGAUUCCAUCCACUGCGCUACACAGAUCUACACAGACCAUGAAACAAGCUCUGCUAGAGUUGAUGAGGAUGAACAGAAUUUGCCGGAUGGUGCUCGCCACUUGCUUAGGAUCUUUUAUUCUGGUCAUCUUUUAUUUCCAAAGUAUGUUCCAUCCAGUAAUCCAUAGGAAUCCAUUUGCACCUGACGUCUGUUGUAGGAAAGGCUCACGGAACGCCCUGCAGGAGCUAUACAAUCCCACCCAGCUGGAGUAUUCAAGCACUGCCAUCCUUCACCAGAUGCGGAGAGAACAGGUAUCGGAUACCUGCAGAGCCUACAGCGCCUCCAGCCGCAAGCGGCGUGUUCUGACUCCCAGCGACCUCAAGCACUUGGUGGUGGACGAGGAGCACGAGAUGAUCUAUUGUUACGUGCCCAAGGUGGCCUGUACCAACUGGAAGCGGGUGAUGAUGGUGUUGACUGGGCGUGGCAAGUACAGUGACCCCAUGGAUAUUGCGCCCAAUGAGGCACACAUCCCCUCCAACCUCAAGACACUCAACCAGUACACCAUCCCAGAGAUCAACCACCGCCUGAAGAGCUAUCUCAAGUUUCUCUUUGUGCGGGAGCCCUUCGAGAGGCUGGUGUCAGCCUACCGCAACAAGUUCACCCGCAAGUACAACACCUCUUUCCACAAGCGCUUCGGCACCAAGAUCGUGCGCCGGCAUCGCAAGAACGCCACGCAGGAGGCCCUGCACAGCGGCAGCGACGUCAAGUUCGAGGAGUUUGUGGACUACCUCAUCCACCCCACCACGCAGAAGGAGGAGCCCUUCAACGAGCACUGGCAGACUGUCUACUCCCUCUGCCACCCCUGUCACAUCCGCUACGACCUGGUGGGUAAGUAUGAAACCCUGGAGCAGGACUCCAACUACAUUCUCCGGCUGGCCGGGGUCAUCGACUACCUUCGUUUCCCAACUUAUGCCAAGUCCACCCGUACAACCGAUGAAAUGGCUGCCGAAUUCUUCCAGAACAUCAGCUCCCAUCACCAGACGCAGCUCUUCGAACUCUACAAAUUCGAUUUCCUGAUGUUCAACUACACCACACCAAGCUACCUGAAACUGGAUUGAGGACUCAAGGGACUGGCUGUGUUUGAAAUUCUCACGUUGUCAUGGGGGCAGGGGUUUGAAUGCAGUGUAUUUGGCUUAAAGGGACUUGUUUUGUUCUGCUUGAGGAGCUCUUAGGCUCUUGAUAUGGUUUGUCCCGAUAACCCAAAUCCGUUGGAGAUAGUGAAGAUGGCUAAAGUAACUUUUUAGUAAUCUGGAGGUGAGGAUCAUUACUUUGGUCCUGGUUGCCCCAGGAAACCAGUGAUGGUUAGUCAGUCGCAUUUUCUGUGAAGCAAAGGACGUUGAGUCCAUUGUGGCAUUAAAACAUCCACAGUAGCAGCAGGUAUGUUUAAUAAAAAAAACAGAAUCCCUUUGUGAAAUAGGCAACACCUAAAGAGGCCAUAAAUAUGUCUAACCAAGAAGUCAUAUUUUGCAGUUAAAUCCAUAAAAAAAAAUAACCAUACAGGAUUUAAAAUUAGAACUCCACCCCAGCUGAAUGUAAAACGGCUGGGUUUGCCGUUGAUGCAUCAUUUCUUGGAUCAGCCAACUGAAAAGAGAGAACUCAGUGUUGGAAAAAACCAAAGGGCAAAUCUCAGCUAGAACUGUAGCAAUAGAAAUUCCAUGGUUAGAAUCAGACAUGCUGAGUAAAGCACCUAACUCAGUUCUCCAGUUAAGAUAUUUUCUGCUGUAUGGUAAUAACUCUGUUUUUAUUUAGUUCUCACGUGUAAUUAACAAACCACCCUCCUUAUUAAACAUACCUUUAGGCACUCUGGUGAGGAUUUUUUUUGUAAAUGAAAUAAUUUAACAGAAAUAUUUAUCCCCUCAUUCCUUCAGUCAGGACACAUAUUGUGGUCCCCAAGGAACACUUGGUAAGAAUAGGUAAAGUAAAUGAAGCACCUUAAUCCUACUACUGUUAGGCUAUUUCCAUUUCAUCUGCUCCUGUGGCACAAGGCCACAGCCAUGCUGAACAUACUGUACAAUAAUAAUUCCUAAAUAAGGAUGCUGAAAGUGGACUUUAGUACAUGGUGAAAACAAUGGCCCCACAUAUAUGUACAGAUUUGGGGAGUCCCCUUAGAACAAAAUGGAAAGUGGAAGGUGGCAGAGGCUCCCCCCUCCCUCCAGAAAGCCUUUAGCACCCUCCUGUUCCUCCACUAAAUAUAUCUUUCAUUGCUGGUACACAAGAGAUAAAGCACAUGCCCUUGUCUACAGUUAGAACAUUUCUCUGAUGACUGAAGGAAGGUGCUGAGGGACAGCGAUUUGAACCCCUGCUUGUAUGACUACGCAUUUGUUUUUGUAAAUGAAUAAUUAUUAUUUUUGUUGGUUUUAAAAAGAGAUGCUGCGAGCAGCACACUCCAGAAUUAUUUAAAUGACUUUAAAUGUGAGAAAGGACAGAUUGCUUUUUUAUUUUUAUUUUCAGUGACAGAAUUAAUGGAAUUUUGUUUUUAAAAUAACUUCUGGUACACUGUUUUAAAGUUGUUGUUUUUUUUUUUUAAGUAAAGUUCUUUUAUGAUGCGUUCUCUGGAACAUGCUGUAAUUAAUGUUAUUUAUUUUACUCAUAAUGGGUCUGGUUUAACUGAUGUUACUGCCACAACGUAUCACAGUCAUUAGGCUCUGUCCCAAUGAAACAAUAUCUGUGGGUCUAAGGAGAUCCCAGUCUUAUUUGGGACAAACAUUUAAAAAAAUUAAAAAGCAGCACAGUGAUCACGAAUAGAAACAUUUGGUGACUGUAGAAAAACAAUUAAAACCUGCAAAGACAAUUGUCCUGCAGAGCUGCAACAUGUCCAGACUGUUCCAACACCAAAUCAUGCUACACAAUAUCCUGUUCCUGAUUAAAAAGUGCUAUACUUAAGAUAUCACAGCACAGAGAGCUUGCAGUAUUCUCAACGCUUGCCUCCUCAGUGCUGUUUUGAGACAGGGCCUUUUUAGAAUAAAAGACUGAUGCUCAUAAGCAACUAUAUUGACAAAAUAUGCCCAUCUUCACCACAUCCCAGUAUAAUGUUCAACAGCUUAUACAAUUUGGGUGGAGUGGUGGUCCAACAAGCCAAAAGGUGUUCAGGUGUAAAGUACACUUGUAAAUACACAACUUAGCUAUGGUUUGUGAAUUAUAUCCUUUCGUUCUAAUAUUAUCAUAAAUGAGUCAAACACUAUCAUCCCGAGGGAAAAUAUAUGAUAAUACAGCAAACAACUUCAUUUGAGGACAGCCCCAUGUUAAAGGAAGUUAGGUGGAACAGCAGUUUAACUCACUGGUCCCCUAUGGAGACCGGUUUAUGUGAAAUAAGUUUGGUUGUCUAAACCUAGCCUGGGUCCACAUCUCAGGAACUACCACCACACACCCACACACUUGAGAGACAUGAUUUAAUUUCAAAGGAUUUUCUUCUGGUGAAAGAUUUCAAUGAUAGGAUUGAGGUGCACUUCCGAGCUAUUAACUGAAGCCCUCAUGACUGUCCCUUGUCUGUCGUGAGCACUGAGCUUGCACUAAAAACAAAAUAGUUUGAGCUGAAAAAUGAUUGUCAAAAUACCGCUGUGUCUCAUUUCUCCUCCAUGGAUUUCUAUAUUUGGAGACAACACCAACUAGCAGUUAAAUCUGGGGAAAAAAAAAACAAAAAGGAAAAAACAUGCAGUUGAUGUCUUUGGGUACAACAACAUAAACACAUUUUCAGCACAUUUUAUGUACAAAAAAAAAAAAAGGCUGGUUGGGUAAAUCCCACGCACAAACAUUUAAAUAGACAUUCAAAUUAACAGCCACACACAGAAUCCUGUAAUAAAUCAUUCCAGUGUUUUGUUUUUCUAUUCAGAUUUAAAGAGCAACUUGUUAUGGGUAUGAACUGUCAGAUGUUUACUUGGUCUCCGUUUCUGUCUACACAUCCUGGUUACUUUGUAAAACGCAGAAGUUUAAACCUCCCAGGUGUCCUCAAUAGAUCGUGUCUGAACUCGUACAGUGUAACCAUUAACCUGUCCCCCUGCCCUUGUGUAUGUAAUAUAUACCACAUUUGCUCCAAGAGUAGGAAAUACCAAGUGUUGCAGGACGACAGAUUAAUGCACUUCAUUCUGAAAGAGCGUUGUGGCAGAUAAUCUCACUGAACACAGCCCUGUAUCAUCUGCUAAGGGUGUGUCCUCCUCAAUCUUUACCAAACAUGUUUCUCUUUUAAUUUGUUUUAUGUUUGUCUGUAAUAGAACAUGGUCAUGUGAUCAGCAGUGGUGAAAUCAAAUCAAUGUUCUCAAUUGUUCUGCCUUUCAAUUGUAUUGUAGUGGGUUUGAUCACAAGCCAGUGUUGAUGCGAAGUGUCAUAAAAAGUUACUACACAGGGUACAUUUGUUUCCAGAUUUGCUGGAAAGUUAACAAGCAAGUAGUUAGUAGUUUAAACCCAAAGAAACAUGCUGCCUAUUGAGUAAUUAGGGUAUGCAUUAGUUAUGGUUUUUAAGCAAGGAACUGGGAUUUAGUAUGGGAAACACAGGGACAAACUGGCCAUUAACCAGCUCCAUUUUCUUACUGCACCUUCCAGUCCUCUUGGCUCUCUUAGCACUGUGCAAUUCCAAACCCACUAGGCUCCAAAUUGUCUCAGUACAAUGUGGGUAUUGAUAUCCAUGGAUCUUUGUGGGUUUUAGGUAUGGUAUUACAGUAGUUGUGAUAGUUUAAGCUUUUUGCUGAAAUUAACUAAUGUUACACAGGGAACAAAUACCAACAUUGACUGAAGAACAUACUGCAAAAGUGGGUGGUGGGGGGGGUAGUAGGGUCCUGUCCUCUCAGUUUUUAACUCUUAAUCAGCCAGAAAGUCUCUCUGAAGUGCCACACCUUCCCGGCUUUUGCUAUGACUGUUCAAGUCCUGCUUUGAGUAUUUCUGGAACUGCAGGUUUCCAAUAAUAAAGCAUUUAAAAGCAAAAUAUUAAUUUUUUGAUAUUUAUUUUGUUUGAAUGCCACUUAUUUAAAUUCAAAUUUCUGUCUUUUCUAUUUAUUUAUUUAUAUAAAAAAACACUAUGAUCUUGAGCAUAUUUAUUUAUAAGAAACCUUUAUGCACUCCAUUUUGGCAGCAUGCACGUUAAUAAUGAUGUCAUUGCUGUACACAUUCUUUUAUAAGAGGAAGAAAAUGGUGAGUUGAGUAAGGACGGAUGUUAGCAUUCUUUUCAGGGGGGGUAAUUAACAAUUAUUUGAGGCUGAAUUGGGAAUGACACUUCUGUGUGACUCAAAGGCAAAUUUAAGAGUUAAUUUUAGAAAUACUUAAAGAAACUUGGCAAUAUUCAAUGACAAACAAUUUGACUUGAAGUCAUUGCGAUAGAUGUUUUGUCAUUGAGUUUUACAAAGCUUCUUUCAGUAUUUCUGAAUUUACCACUAUUGAGUUUUUUUACAGUAAUUGCUCAAACUAAGAGUUAACUGUUUGGUGGCAUUGACCUGAGAGGGGCCACAGAGCCUGUGCCUUGUACCCGCUAAAGAUUAUACACCUUUGGGCCAUGUACAGAAAACACUUGCACCAAUUUGAAAUAAAAUAAUAAACUUUCUUUAACAA